AUGACUAUUCCACAAUUUCUUCAUCCUGCUGCGAUUUACAUUGGCUUUCUUCAUCUUGCUGUGAUUUCUAAUCGACAGUUGCGAAACAAUAAUAACAUAUGGGAUGUCAGUUCAAUACAUCAACUUCCAGAUUACAUGCAAAUUUGCUAUUUAGCACUCAAUAACUUCGUCAACGAAAUGGCUUACGACAUUCUUAAAGAAAAAGGGUUUAUAAUUAUUCCAUAUUUAAGAAAAGCGUGGAAAGAUUUAUGCAAAGCAUACUUACAAGAAGCAAGGUGGUACUUCAAUGGAUACAAACCAACAAUGGAAGAGUAUAUGAACACUGCAUGGAUUUCCAUAUCAACUCAUGUCAUACUAUCCCAUGCGUUUUUCGCUGUUACCAGUCCUAUAGAGAAGGAAGCUGUUCAGUACUUACUUGAUUAUCCCAAUUUAAUCCGUUGGUCGGCAACGAUUUUACGUCUUUCAGAUGAUUUAGCAACAUCAGUGGACGAAAUGAAAAGAGGUGACGUUCCUAAAACAAUACAAUGUUACAUGAACGAAACUGGGGCUUCUGAAGACGAGGCACGUGAACACAUUAGAUCUUUGAUACGUGAGACGUGGAAAAAAAUGAACCAAGUUCAAGAAACAAGUAUUUCCUCUUUGGGCAUUUUUUGUCGUUCUUUUCUUGCGAAUCAUCUGCUACAACAAGCCAAUAGGAUAGUCCUACCCAGCGUCAGUUGGUAUCAGAGCGUCAGCAUCUUCUUGGAAGAUAAAUUCCAUCAGUUAUAA